AUGCCAUGUCAGGCAGUACAUUCUCAGCUACUAUUCGUACUGCUGACAUGUUAUUGCAAUUUGACCUUCUACUUGUUACUUGCACGGCAGCACAGCAUUCACAUUCUUAGUGUAAAUGCAUCGGAAGUAUCUACUAAGGAAGUUACAAUGAAGGUCGAAGGUUUCAAAGUGUUCAUAUCUCUGAUAAUAUACAUACUUUCUAUACUAUGUAUAAUUUGUUGUAUUAUGAUAAAUAAUGUGGAUCGAAUGGCAACAAAGGUCCCAUCGGCAGUGAUCGUUGCUAUCUUAAUAUUCGUGCUUUUGUUCAACGUGAUGGCAAUGAUUCUUUUAUUUAUUCACAAUGGUCCAAAUAAUGAAAAAGUGACGGAGAUACGAGCAUGCGCGAUACUCUCCACACCAACCGCCGUUCUGAUUAUGGUAACACUUGGAUAUUUUGCAUGGAAACCACCGACAACAGCUUUGAUCAUACAUGAUUACACUAAGAAUUUCAAGCAAGGAACAAAAAAGAAGUCAAAUAACCGCCAUACAGUAAUUCCGAUCCCUAAGGCAUUCAGCGGCGAAUCAAAAGAAAAGAACAAGUCAUCAGAUGAAGAAAAACAUAACGAGGAACAACCUCAGUAUGAGAAUUUGGUCGAAGUGAAUCAAGGGCCACCUGAUGCUAGUCCUGUCGGUGUUGACGUGAACCCAAAAAAGCCUGGUAGCGCUGAUGAAGCAAAUGUUAAUAAGGAUUAUCCUGUUAGUCCUGAAGUAGUUGAAAUGGAAAAGAAAUCCGCCGAUGGCGGCGAGGCACCAGCGAAUGCCGAAAAUGCGGCUCCUCUUUGA